AUGACCGUCCAGCCGCUGCCGUUCAUCACGGUCGACGACGCGAGCGGCGACUUUUGUGUGAGCCCCGAGGCGCGCGCAGUGCUGGAGACCGUCAAGACGCGUCUCGUCGUCGUGGCUGUCGCGGGUCUCUACCGCACGGGCAAGAGCUUUCUCCUGAAUCUACUGGCGCAACAUGCCGCGACUCCAGACGUCGCAGGUUCCAUACGUCCAAGUGGGUUCGCGGUGGGUCGUACCGUCAACGCAUGUACCAAAGGCAUUUGGAUGUGGGGCCACCCCAUUGCACUUGACGAAGACACGAGCGUCCUGUUCUUGGAUACGGAAGGACUGGGUAGCGUGGACCGUGCUCAGACACACGACACGCGCAUUUUUGCACUUGCGCUGCUCCUGGCGUCAAAUUUCGUGUACAAUAGUCGUGGAGUGAUUGAUGGCAACGCUCUCGACGACCUCUCGCUCGUCGUGAACUUGUCCAAGCACAUUCAAACGUCGUCAACAACAACAACGACAGCAUCUCCUGGCCUGGAUGUAGCGAGCGCUGGCGACCGCUUGCACGAGUUUUUCCCGACUUUUAUGUGGGUCGUUCGUGACUUUACGCUGCAACUACUGGAAAACGGCAAACGCAUUUCGUCCAAGCAGUAUCUGGAGAAUGCACUGGAGCCAACAGGAGGAUUGAGUGACGACGCUGUGCGUAAAGACGAGAUUCGAGCGCUCUUGAGCGACUUUUUUCGACAUCGAGAUUGUGUCACGUUGGUACGACCUGUAAACGAUGAACAAAAGCUACGGAAUUUGCCUCAAGUGCCGUAUGAUGAGCUAAGAGAUGAGUUUCGAUUAAACUUCGAAGGUCUCUGCAAGAGGCUGUUUGACAAAGCAAAACCCAAGACAAUGUUUGGCAAAUCACUGAAUGGAGCUAUGUUUGUCAACUUGGCGGAAUCGUAUAUCGAGGCACUGAAUAGCGGCAAGGCGCCAGUGAUCUCCAGUGCCUGGAAUCGCGUCGUGCAGGCACAAUGUCAGGAUGCACUUGAAGAUGCUGUCGAGUGCUACAAAACCGAGAUGCGUGCACGAGUUCGCAGUUAUGUGUCAGCUAAACAGUACGAGAACGAUGUUGGAUUUGAAAAGAUUGGUGUCGAGAACGAUGCCUUGAAUGGUGGACUUGAAGUGGGAGGUAACAGGCAGGGAAGCAACGCCAUGUUUGAUGAAGACGGGAAUUUGCAAAGCAUAGUUUUGCCACCAGAAUUGGCGACGACGGAUGGUCUGGAUGAGGCUGAAGACGACCAAGUGGUUUCGCAAAGCAGUCCCGUGGAUAUAAGUGCAAAAGAAGAUGACACGAAGGCUAAGAGUGUCGUGAACAGCGUGGAACGCACACGAUUGCCUUGUUCGGAUAGCAGGCUGAACAGUGUGCAUCGUUGGUGCAAGCAGCUGGCCAAGAAAAAGUUGCGCGAUGUUGUCAAUGAAAACAUAGGCAAUGAAGCUGAAGCUGGUGGUGAUGAUGAUCAUAUGGCUCAAUUCCGCCAAGCGGUAGCUGCCGAGUUCAAAUCAUACCAUCAGCAGAAUGCAGCGGCAUCAAUGGCGUAUUGCAGGCACGUGCUGGACGAUUUAAGUCGACCCGGAAAUGAGUACCUGGCACACCCGAAGCUUCAUAGCCAAAAGUCAUCUGCGGAACUUUUUCGUGAAACCCAGACCUUUUUGCUAGACGACCUGGAUGUGGUGCAUCAGCAGUAUUUUGAUCGUGCUGUGGGUCCAUCAGCCGAUGCCGCGUAUUGUGAAUACAUCAGCCAGCGUGUCUUGUCCCAAACCAUCCAACGCACGGAGAACACAAACGCAGCCCAUAUGGCGGAGGUGCGCGCUCUUGAGCAGCAAAUGAAUGAACUGAGUGUGAAAGUAGCAGUGGCGAAAGGACAGGCAGGUGCGAUGCAGGAGCUGUCUACUCAGCAGCAGCAGAAGUGUGAGCUGGGAGUGAAGGAAGCAGAGCAACGUUGUACAGCCGAGCUCGCUGGAUUGCGCUCGACGCUGGAGUUCAAGACGAAUGAACUGGAGCACAUUCUAAACCAUAACGCUACUAUGAAGCGCUUGGCGGAUACAGCACAACAGGGUCAGUACCGUGCAACGGAGUUUGCCUCGUCGGCUUUUGCUCAAGUCCUGUGUGGGUACCUUAUCAAGCAGUACGUGGCAUCUGGUGCUACUGGAUCUACACGUGCGAAGUGGCAGCAGCGAUACUUUGUGCUGGAAGGACCGCAACUAAGCUUCUACGAUACGAAGGAGGACUAUGAGCGUUGCCGCUCGGUCAAUCCGCCCAUGGAUGUCACUGGGGCGACUAUCGACGACAAUUGUGCGGUACCUGAAGCUUUUGGUGUCUCGUUCCGCAAUGAGGAGUACUAUCCGCUACAGCUCCACGCCAGAUCGCGCGAAGUAAAGCAGCAGUGGGUGAGCAGUCUACGUGCUGCUGCAGGUGGUCGAGCUGCUGGUCGAGGAGCUUCAGUGAGCUAUGCUUCUUCGAGCUCGUCGAUGGAUUCGUUUGCCUUUGGUGAUACGAGUGACUCGUCUUCAUCAGCUGGAUACCGGGGUGAAAGGACGGCAGCUUCUUCAAGUCACACGGAAUCAGCAUCUCCAGCUUACAGAGCUGGAACAAAUCACGCAAAUGGGUAUUCUUCGUCGGAGGGAUACGGACCCAAGGGUGGAGGUGGUGGUAGCCGGUACAUGCAGAUGUAA